AGGAUAAGGUGGAGCGAGCAGAUGGCAGGAGUCAGAUAAAAAGGUGUUUGGAGCGGGGGAGCGACAGUUUGUCAAGGGGAAAGGGCCACAUGCUGCCGCGCACCGGGACCAUGCAGAGCUCCAGGAUGCUCAGCGGGGCGCUCCUCUGCGCGCUGCUGCUGCUCUCCAGCGCCGCUGGAGCCGAAGUGUUGGACACCGAGUCCGAGGAAGAGCUGAGCCCCAGAACCCUGCGGGAUUUCUACCCAAAAGGUCCGAACCUGACCAGCGAGAAGCAGCUGCUUGGAGCCCUGCAAGAAGUUCUUGAAAAGCUACAGGCUAAACGACAGCCUUUGUGGGAAAAGAAAUUUGGCCAAGUCCCCACGUGUGAUGUCGGGGAGCAGUGCGCCAUAAGGAAAGGCGCACGGAUCGGCAAGAUGUGCGACUGUCCCCGUGGAGCUUUCUGCAACUUUUUCCUGAUGUGA